AUGCCUUCGUCUUCCGUCAUGAUCGCACUUUUUAAGCCGUGGAAGCCGAAGGAGAGGUGGGCCGACGAGCAGGAACCUGUGUGCCACGGUCGUAGCGUAUCCUCCGAUAUGCCUGGUGUGACUGAAUUAGCCCAGCGCUUUGAGCGCAGCUCGCGCAGUGAUAGCGGAGAUACAGGAAGAACCACACCAAAAGCACCACCAAGAGUUGUCGUGAUAUCGAAACCUGGGCCAGAAUUCGUCUAUUCAUCCGACGAAUCGAAGGUUCGUCGUGUCGAAAGGCCCACCUACUCACCGUCUGAUCAGAAAUCCGUACUUUCUACUACUGUUGUGGACAUAGAACCUCCAGGAUUUCGAACAGUUCAACCUCACUACGUAGAGGAGAGAUAUCAACUAGAAGAACAGUACCGUUCCGUAAAGUCCUACACAGGCCCGAAAAAAGAAGGCUACGUUAAGCCUAGGGAAGUAGUCAUCCCAACGGUUGAAAAGAGAGAAACAAAAGAAUCCGCUAAGGAGACAGUCACUGGCCACACGGUAUUUUCUUCGCGUACGGAGCAACGUUCUUCGCCAACAGAUCAGCAACGCGAGCCUGAAAUUGAAGAAAUUCGUGGGGCAACUCCUGUUAGAAGUGUUGUGGAACAAUUUGAAAGCCGCAUAGAAGAAGAACGCAAGACGCCUGAGAGACGUCCCUAUCAGUACAAGGAAAAAAUCGAAGAGAUUACUACUCAUGAGAAGAGACCAUCUCUACCGGAAAGGGAAGUGUUCAUUCCACGGAGUGACUUACUUCCAUCACGGAAGACGUACACGGAAUCAAUCACUACAUCAAGGAAAUUGUCUGGAUCGGAUCGAGAACAGCCGUAUAGAGGAAGGAGAGAAAUAACAAGGGAAGAGGUCACCAGAGUUCCUCCGUACAAUGGCUUGCGCGAAACUCUCACCGAAGAGGUGAGCAGAGGCCAUCCGUACACUGAAACAAGGGAAGUCCGUCGUGAGGAAGUAGAGAGAAGCCUAACUGACUCAGAAGAGUAUAGACGUCGUACCCCACCCGAGAGGGAGAGGGUAGUUCCUGUGGAGAAAAUGGAGAAUGUACAGAAGGAGGACGUGACAAUGGAGACGAUGACAACGGAGAGCGUAAGAACGUUCCCUCGUGUCGUUGUGCCAAAACAGCGUUCGCCAACUCCUCCAAGAGCUGUUAAGAGUACGCUAGAGAUUGCUAAGGAAGAAUACAAGGAAGAAAAAAAGCAACCAGAGAAGCCUCCAAGGGAUUUCCGAGAAACGCUAACUGAAAGGAGUGAAAGAACUGAGAGAACUGAGACAAUGGAGACAACCGAAACCUACAAGAGGACCGGCAAAGUGGAAGAUACCACGAGAACACCAGCUUCAACGCCCGUUCCUCCUCUACGUCCUGUAACAGUGAGUAGAUACUUUUGGUUAGAAGUCUCACCUUCACUCAAGAAUCUUAUUUAG